GUCCAGGACGCCAAGAUGGCAAGCGCCGUUUCCAACGCCAGCGCCCUGAAGGUGGCGCAGGAGCCCAAGCUAGACGAGGAAGAUGUUGCUGACGAAAAAGAGACUCAGCGACAUGAUGAUGAACAAGAUAUCGAGAAAGUUGAAGAGGCCAAGAUUGCCGAGACCGUCUCCAACACGACAGACUUGAAGGUGCCAGAGACGAUUGAUGAGGGGGAUCUUGCGGAUGAAGAAAAGAGCGAGGGAGAGGAGGCUGACGAAAAGGAUCUGGAGGAAAUCAUGAAGAAAGUCUCCAAGACGACUGCCUUGAAGGUGGCAAAACGAACGCUUGAAGAGGCAGCUGCGGCUGACAAACACGAAAGAGAAAUCGGGAAAGAUGGCGCUGACGAGAAAGAUCUUGACGAAGUCCAGCGGACAAAGAUGGCUGAGAAUGCCUCCAACACGGGCGACUUGGAGGUGGCAGAAAGCACGCUCGACGAGGAAGCACCCACUGACGACAAAGACAUCCGGGAAGACGCGGCUGAUGACAAGGAUACCGAGGAAGUGGAACAGACUGAGACGACUCAACCCGACACCGGUAUGAGUGGUUUGAAGGCCAUCCUAAAGCAUGCGCUCGAGAAAUUGGAACGUCGCUUACAUGAUGUGACGAACGCCACAUCAGACAAGGAGAACGCCACCGAUGAAAAAGAGAUCACGAAAGACCCUGCUGAGGACCAGGAUAUCAUGGAGGAAGUGAAGACAGCCAUCAAGGGAAGCAUUGCGGAUGCGGCGUCUGCGGCCUCCCCGACUGAGAAUAUGCUUGAGGCAACCACGUCCUAUAUCCUCGACGCCACCACGUCGCAGGUUAUGUACAGCAGCCCUGAACUUACACCCAGUCCUUCCUCCAGCGAAGAUGUCAGCACGACAGCUGCAAUCAUCGACACAUCCAGUCCUUCUUCCAGCGAAAAUGCCAGCACGACAGCUGUCAUCACCGACACCUCCCUCCCUUCCUCCAGCGAAGUUGCCAGCACAACAGCUGCCAUUGCC